AUGAAGAAGUCCAGGUUACUACAUGGAACUUCUUUCUCUUCACCGUUAUUAUAUCCAACUCUACCAAACGAUGAAUCUUGGCUACGAAAGAGUCCAAAUAUUGUCACUGAAUCGCCCAACACUGAAAAGGACUUGUCACAAUGUAUCGAAAUACUAACUGAUUCAAUCGAUGCCGAAGUAACUCAUAUUCCAUACUCCCCGACUCCUACUUCAACCUCCCGUCACCACCAUAGAAACUUCGCGGUGUCGGUGGAAAAUGAUUUCAUUACUUUCAAGGAGCAGAUAGAAGAGACCGACAUCGAGACCAAGAUAUAUAGAAAGCUGAUCGACGGGCCAGGACAGCUGAAGUCUCCACAAAUUCUCGGCCGUUUAUAUUGUGCGUUACGGAAACAAAGUCCCGGAUACACCAAGAUCGGGUGGACUACAGAUGAUCUCAAAGAGAGAAUGAACCAACUUAGCCCUAAGAGCCGCUUUGGAACAUUGAAAGCUACGGCAUCAGUAGUGUUCGUCCAUUUCAAGCUGGCUGAAAGGGUAGUACAUCUGGAACUGUGGAACCAGAGGAAAGAAUCAAAGUUUGCAGGCGACCGAGGUGAACACAGCUAUAACGGCGAAGAGCGGGGAACGGGAACCGCCGUCAGAAUUUCAAAACGAACCCUCGAGCAGGGGAGGACGGAAUGGUUCAAAAUUGAAGGAAAUGAUGCCAACGAAGUAUGCGCUAAAUGGGUAAAUUGGCUCAGACAAUGUGAACCAUACAAUCAGGAUGGAAAAUUGAAGGCUUUUUGGGAGAGCUGGUUUACGAGGCAAAUCAAAACAGACCCAUAUUGUAGUUCCAAGCACCGCAGCUUGCACCUACGAUGGAAGGCCCUUCUCAACCCUACACGAUCGGAGGUCUGCCUUCACUAUAUGGCCGAAAUGUGGACCGCAGCAGGUCAAUUUCACGCAUGGGCCCGAGCUAACCGGCGAUCCGUCUGCUGGACAGUCCUGUUCUUUCUGUGCUUCGGUUUUGUGUACGCACCUGGCAUACCUCUAGGUUUUGCCGUUCUGCUGAAUAUAUUUAUUCUUUCACUUGACAACAAUGCGGCGAAAAGGAAACGAUGA